AUGAUGCCUGGGAAUACUCGUGGACAGGAAGAACAGGAAUCCCAUUGUCCCACUUUAGAAACCGGUGGGAUGGACUUACCUCCUACCCAUAUCAAGGGCCUAGUGAUAUCAAGGACCUUAGAAAUCCACACCCCAAAAAACAAUACAUUUUUGGAGCAAGAUCCGAACAAAACUGCAUCAGCAAACCAGGUUAUUGAUGAAAUGACUGGCCAUAUGGCUCAUCGAAGACUAAAAGGAAUGGCCAGAACUUUCCACCAAACCUGUCCUGGUGACUGGGAUCGUGGUAAGGAGGUGGGCUUUGGAGGCACGCUCCGUGGAUUUUACGAGCGUGACGAGUUCCAGGAAAAAGCGCCGAUGUUUGAAGCGGCGAUACGCUUUAGGUGGGAGGCAGCCCUUCUCGCAGACUACAUUCUCGAGUUGUUUAACCUUCCUGCUCCUGGUAAGGAGAUUUGCAUCAUGUGGAACCGGUUUUUGUGGCUUGAACAUAAACUGGAGACAAUGCCAAUGCCCGAAUUGGAGGCACGUUGGCGGAAAAUGUACAACUCCCUUUCUGGUUAUUUCAAGACUCCUUGCUUGGGAGAGCAGGGCCCACCUUUCUACCGACCACUACAUUAUUUGGUCGCGGCCUUUUUGGAAGCUGAUAAACCAGAGGAUGAGACAAGUGCUAUAAUUUCAUCCAUUGGGGAUUUCAUGAGCACAGUUCGGAUGUUUCACCAGCAACGUCUGAUUGAGGACCAAGAAGUACGUGGUAGAGGCCGCGAGUGGCUAAAAUCCGUCGGUCGACGGGCUCGCGAGUCCCUCUCGCCGCGUAAAAGGAGACGCCACUCAACAUCCGUGUCUUGCUAA